AUGCGCCGUGGCGGGCACCGGCAGCCACCCGGAACCGAUAUUGCGGCUGCUUGGAGAAUCUCCCUCUCUUGCACGGCCAUUGACUUGAUUCUGCAAGGGCCGCACGCCCGGGGUGCGACCGGGGUGGGUGGCAGCAAAUCGAGUUGGAUAAAGUUCAGCAUAUCGUGCACAUCUCCGGAUGAGAAGAAGGGCGAACCCCCGGGACCGACGGUGGUCUCGGUUGUCAACGAGCAUCGCCAAUCGGCGUCGACACGACCGGCACGUGGCGCUGCUGCAUUCCACCACCUGCCGGUCACCUCUCACCCGCGUCCGCCAACCGAGUCGACGGUUCCCAUCGCCAACCGCGGGCGAUUGCAGCGAGAUGCCUCUGUGCUGGCCGUCCAACUCCAGCUGAGCUGCCGUCAAAUCAACCUCUAUCAACUGCAGGGCUGUCCCUCGGGUGUACUUCGCUCUCGCUCCAUCGCCGUCGACUACGAUGAGAAAACACGGCAACGAACGCUGCAGCAAACAAUAGCCCGCUUACACCAAGACGAGCGGAAAGGCUCCGACCUCUCGUACCUCGGUCCUGUCGUGGCUCAUUUCCGCAUCUCAUCUUUGCACUGUCCGGUGACAGUCGCUCGGCCGCCACCAAUCACCAACUCUGCAUCCUACCCUCCACCGCAAAGAGGACCACAACAGGUCAGCGAGGCGCCGCUGGUUAUCUGCGUGCCUUGCGUCGCCAUCUACGCAUCAUGGAAUUCGCCAAUGCCGGUGGUGGGUGCCACAGGCGAGGCCGGGAUGCUCUACCGUAAUCUCCAACUACCGCCAUCACUCGCCGUCCUACGGAGCGGCGUUGAUCACGGAAUCCGGCCGGCGUUCUCCAAAGGAUACGCUCCUCUGUGUGGCUGCAGCCAUUUCUCCUAG